UGGUAUUUGUUGCCACAGUUCUCAGUUAGAAGUUGAUCGGCACUCAACAGGAAAGUGUUACCUUUUCAGCUCAGUGUCUUUAUUGUUCAUUGAGAAUGAAGACUCCAAUUGGAUUUGACUGUAACUGCAGUAAAUAUAUUUUCUCCACGUAACCUUGCAUUGCUUCUCUAGCUCUGGUUCUGCUGAGGAAAAGGGAAUUGAGAAUGGGUCAUCAACAAUGCUAGGUCUACAAUGGGAAGUGUCACGCUUCGCUAUUUCUGCUAUGGAUGCCUUUUCACAUCGGUGACCUGGACCCUUCUGCUGUUUGUUUAUUUCAACUUCAGCGAAGAGACCCAAUCUUUCAAGAAUGUGCCCAUCAAGGGGCUGGAACCUCAAAAGCCACUUCCUAAAAAAUUCUAUCCCCGUUUCACUCGGGGUCCAGUUCGUGUUCUCGGACCACAAUCGAAAGACAACAAUAUAAGGAAUCCAUUUGGAAAUCAUGCACAUGACCUGGUGAAGGGAGACCUGGACCUCUCCCCUGAAAUGGGUAUGAUUUUUAAUGAGCAUGAUCAGGAGGUGAGAGACUUGGGCUAUCAGAAGCAUGCCUUCAAUGUUCUUAUCAGCAAUCGGUUGGGAUACCAUAGAGAUGUGCCAGAUACAAGGGACGCAAAGUGCAGAGAGAAGUCCUACCCUUCCGAUUUACCGUUUGCCAGCAUUGUUAUUUGCUUCUAUAAUGAAGCAUUCUCUGCUUUGCUUCGAACAGUACAUAGUGUAUUGGAUCGCACGCCAGCCUAUCUUCUUCAUGAAAUUAUCUUGGUGGAUGACAACAGUGAAUUGGUGGAUCUGAAAAAAGACCUAGAAGAAUAUAUCAAAAAACAUCUUCCAGGAAACACGAAGCUGGUAAGAAAUGAAAAGCGGGAGGGGCUGAUUCGAGGAAGAAUGAUCGGAGCAUCUCAUGCUACAGGAAAAGUGCUGGUGUUCCUGGACAGCCACUGUGAAGUGAAUGAGAUGUGGUUACAACCUUUGUUGACUCCAAUCAGAGAAGACCGCAAAACAGUGGUGUGCCCUGUGAUUGACAUAAUCAGUGCUGACACGCUUAUCUACAGCUCUUCCCCAGUUGUGCGUGGAGGGUUUAACUGGGGUCUGCACUUUAAAUGGGAUCUUGUUCCUUUGUCAGAAUUAGAAGGACCCGAGGGAGCCACUGCACCAAUCAGGUCCCCUACUAUGGCAGGAGGUUUGUUUGCUAUGGAUAGAGAAUACUUUAAUGAACUCGGACAGUAUGAUAGUGGCAUGGACAUCUGGGGAGGAGAAAAUUUGGAAAUAUCAUUUCGGAUUUGGAUGUGUGGGGGUAGACUUCUAAUCAUCCCUUGCUCCAGGGUAGGACACAUAUUCCGUAAAAGGCGCCCUUAUGGCUCACCAGGCGGGAAGGAUACGAUGGCACAUAACUCUCUACGCCUGGCACAUGUGUGGAUGGAUGAAUAUAAGGAACAAUAUUUUGCCCUAAGACCUGAAUUAAGGGCCAGGAAUUAUGGAAAUAUUACUGACCGUGUGGAGUUGAGAAAAAAACUGAACUGCAGGUCAUUUAAGUGGUAUCUAGAUAAUAUCUACCCAGAGAUGCAAAUAUCUGGGCCCAAUGCCAAAGUUCAGCAACCAGUUUUUAUUAACAGAGGGCAAAAACGACCAAAAAUACUGCAGCGUGGAAGGCUGUAUCACCUUCAAACCAACAAAUGUCUGGUUGCCCAGGGCCACCCAAGUCAGAAAGGAGGACUAGUGGCGGUUAGGGAGUGUGACUACAAUGAUCAAAACCAGAUAUGGAUUUAUAAUGAAGACCAUGAGUUGAUUUUAAAUAAUCUCCUCUGCUUGGAUGUAUCAGAAACUCGCUCAUCAGAUCCACCUCGUCUCAUGAAAUGCCAUGGAUCCGGAGGGUCACAGCAGUGGACGUUUGGGGAGCCGCUGAGCCAAAACUUCACGUCCUUCUCAGAGUUUUAACGCAAAGCCUUCCCCGCUGCUGAGUCAGGACACACUGGCAGCAGGAAAACUUGCCGCCCUUUAACGUAAGCAUUAAUACAAUGGCAGUCGAGCACCAGCAGAACCCCCCCCGGAGAGCGGGUACAUUCCUGUGCAGACGGAUUGAGUGCGCGCACAUGGGGCCUUCUCUAAGAAGGAAAGAGCCAGUGGGUGACUAACUCUAGCUGGAGCUGGCCCCAGAUCUCCCCAGACCAGGGUCAGGGGAGGUGAAGUAAAAAGGCCUUGGCAGGUGAAGUAAAAAGUUGGCUUUGCCUAGUUCAUCCAUCAGCCUGCAGCUCUGAAACUUGUUCUCAUAGGAUCGGAUCUGCUAGCUCUGAGUAGCUCAUCCCGCCCCUCUCCUGAGUGCUAGUGCCGGUGUCUGGUGCAUGCCCACAGAACCCCCACUGGGCGUUGGGCAGUGUGUCCCUGCCAGAGGGGCAGACAGAACGGCUGGGUCCCUGAACAAGGUGGAGGAGGGUGGGGCCGCUACACAUUCCCAGAAGAGGAGGGGUUUUGGGUGGAAGAGGCAGGGCUGGGGGCAGUCAGGUCUCAGCAGUGGCCAGAUCACACCGUGCUGCCCACCCCUCCUCCCCCAGCCCUUAGCACUGCCUGGAGCAUGGCCCCCAAAGGCUCGGGGUGAUUUAUAGGGCCCACAGCUCUCUCUGCUCAGCCAGGAGCCACAGGCCCUUUUGAAUCACUAGGCUCAAAGCAGAUUCCCUCUUGUCCCCCCCGUCAACAGACUUGGUCUCUACAUAACUUGGUCAGUUAUGCCUCCAUAGAGGGCUGGGACCCCAUUCCAUGCCUUGUCCUACAUGUUUACAAACCAUAGCACAGAUGUAGCUUAACCUGGUAACUGGGCUAAACUCUUCUCUCCAGCAUUUAUUGGGACAGAUGCUACACUACAGCUGUGAACCAAUUGGCUCAGGGGCCAGGUGUAUUGCCUUGGUUAUAGCUGUAGCCUGGAUUGGGACGGGAAGACCUUCUGAAGGAUGCAGUGCUUUAGAAUAGCCCUCUCACUCUGACAUCACUCAUUUUCAGUUUACGGACAGAGGGAAGGCCAGUGGCUUUGUAUUUCCUCUUAUUCUGUGUAUAUAUGUACAUCUGUUAUU